AUGUCAAAGGAAACGUUUGCAUUCAAUGCCGACAUAAGGCAGUUGAUGAGUUUAAUUAUAAACACAUUUUAUAGUAAUAAGGAAAUAUUUUUAAGAGAGCUUAUUAGUAAUGCGAGUGAUGCACUUGAUAAGAUAAGAUAUGAAGCUAUAACUGAUACACAGAAAUUAUCAGCAGAGCCAGAAUUUUUUAUUCGAAUUAUUCCAGACAAAACAAAUAACACAUUAACUAUUGAGGAUUCAGGUAUUGGUAUGACCAAAAAUGAUUUAAUUAACAAUUUAGGUACUAUUGCAAGAUCGGGAACAAAGGCAUUUAUGGAAGCAAUUCAAGCAAGUGGUGAUAUUUCUAUGAUAGGUCAAUUUGGUGUAGGUUUUUACUCUGCUUAUUUAGUUGCUGAUCAUGUUGUUGUCAUUUCCAAAAAUAAUGAUGAUGAACAAUAUGUUUGGGAAUCAGCUGCAGGAGGUUCAUUUACAGUUACGAAAGAUGAAACAAAUGAAAAGAUUGGAAGGGGUACAAAAAUUAUUUUACACCUUAAAGAAGAUCAACUAGAAUAUUUAGAGGAAAAAAGAAUUAAAGAUUUAGUUAAGAAGCAUUCAGAAUUUAUUUCUUUUCCUAUUAAAUUAUACUGUGAAAGGCAAAAUGAAAAAGAAAUAACAGCAUCAGAAGAAGAAGAAGAAGAAGGAGAAAGAGAAGGAGAAGGAGAACAAGAUACAGAUAAAAAAAAAGGAGAAAAUGAAGAAGAUAAGGAUGAAGAAGUGGAAGAUGGUGAUGAAGAAGGUGAUAAGGAAAAGAAAGAAGAUAAUGAAGAAGACAAAGUAGAUCAUCCAAAAGUUGAGGAUGUAACAGAAGAAUUAGAAAAAGUAGAAAAAAAAAAAAAAAAAAAAAUUCAUACUGUUGAACAUGAAUGGGAAGAAUUAAAUAAACAAAAACCAUUAUGGAUGAGAAAACCAGAAGAAGUAACUAAUGAAGAAUAUGCUAGUUUUUAUAAAUCUUUAACAAAUGAUUGGGAAGAUCAUUUAGCUGUAAAACAUUUCUCUGUUGAAGGUCAAUUAGAAUUUAAGGCAUUAUUAUUUAUACCGAAAAGAGCCCCAUUUGAUAUGUUCGAAAAUAGGAAAAAAAGAAAUAAUAUUAAAUUAUAUGUUAGAAGAGUUUUUAUUAUGGAUGAUUGUGAAGAAAUUAUCCCGGAGUGGUUGAAUUUUGUCAAAGGUGUUGUUGAUUCGGAAGAUCUACCUCUAAACAUUUCAAGAGAAUCAUUACAACAAAAUAAAAUUUUAAAAGUUAUUAAAAAAAAUCUCAUCAAAAAAUGCCUUGACAUGUUUUCAGAAUUAGCAGAAAAUAAAGAUAACUACAAAAAGUUUUAUGAACAGUUCAGCAAAAAUUUGAAGUUGGGUAUUCACGAGGAUAACGCGAACCGGGCCAAGAUUACGGAGCUUCUCAGAUUUCAGACGUCCAAGUCUGGUGACGAGAUGAUAGGUCUAAAAGAAUAUGUAGAUCGAAUGAAGGAAAACCAAAAAGACAUCUACUACAUAACAGGUGAGUCUAUUAACGCUGUAUCAAACUCCCCAUUUUUAGAAGCACUAACAAAAAAAGGGUUCGAAGUUAUAUAUAUGGUUGAUCCAAUUGAUGAGUAUGCUGUACAACAGUUAAAAGAUUUUGAUGGUAAGAAAUUGAAAUGUUGUACAAAGGAAGGAUUAGAUAUAGACGAUUCAGAAGAAGCAAAGAAAAAUUUUGAAACCUUGAAAGCUGAAUAUGAAGGUUUAUGCAAAGUUAUAAAGGACGUAUUACAUGAAAAGGUAGAAAAGGUUGUUGUAGGACAAAGAAUAACAGAUUCCCCAUGUGUUUUAGUUACAUCGGAGUUUGGAUGGUCUGCUAAUAUGGAAAGAAUUAUGAAAGCUCAAGCAUUAAGAGAUAAUUCUAUGACUAGUUAUAUGUUAUCCAAAAAAAUUAUGGAAAUAAAUGCUCGCCACCCAAUAAUUACUGCAUUAAAACAUAAAGCAGAUGCAGAUAAGUCAGACAAAACUGUUAAAGAUUUGAUAUGGCUAUUAUUUGACACCUCUCUUUUAACUUCUGGGUUUGCACUUGAAGAACCAACCACCUUUUCAAAGAGAAUACAUAGAAUGAUCAAAUUAGGUUUAUCCAUCGAUGAAGAAGAUAACAACGAUAUUGAAUUACCACCCCUUGAGGAAACUGUUGAGGGAACGGAUUCCAAAAUGGAGGAGGUGGAUUAG